CAAUCAUUGACUAAACAUUACGGGCAGCGUUUGUAUUGAUAGUGACUACACAAUAGCGGCUGGAUAUUGGUAGGGACGUGUCCCUAGCGUCCCUACCCAAUUCUACGCCCUUGAUGGCGACAACAACCCCAGCUGCCUUUCUGCUUCUUUCCUGAGAACACAGCUGACAGCUGACAACACUGGACAUGUCCAUGGCUGGUAAGGUCAUUAAGUGCAAGGCAGCAGUAGCCUGGGAGCCAAACAAGCCUUUGGUGAUUGAGGAGAUUGAGGUUGAUCCACCGCAGGCCAAUGAGGUUCGCGUCAAGAUUGUGGCAACUGGCCUCUGCCGUACAGACCUCUACUACCUGUAUGACAGUGACAAUACAAAGAUCUUCCCAAUGGUCCUUGGCCACGAGGGAGCAGGCAUUGUGGAGAGCGUCGGUGCUAAAGUCACCGAAUUUCAACCAGGUGACAAAGUGAUCCCCCUGAUCAUUUCCCAGUGUCGAGAGUGUCGCUUUUGUAAGAGUCCUAAAACCAACCAGUGUGAAAAUGCAUGGGAUGUUGUUCCACACAAUGUGGAAAAAGCACCCGUCUCCAAGCUAAACUGCAACGGAAAGAAGUUGCUGCAGUUUAUGGGAAUCAGUACCUUCUCAGAGUACAGUGUGAUAAAUCAGAUUGCACUGGCCAAAAUUGACCCAGCUGCCCCCCUGGAUAAAGUGUGUCUCCUCGGCUGUGGGGUUUGCACAGGGUUUGGAGCUGCAGUCAAUGAUGCUAAGGUUGAACCGGGCUCUACCUGUGCUGUGUUUGGCCUGGGAGCCGUUGGGUUGGCGGCAAUCAUGGGUUGUAAAUAUGCUGGUGCCAAGAGGAUUAUUGCAGUCGAUGUCAAUGCAAACAAGUUUAAGAAGGCCGAGGAGUUUGGAGCCACAGACUGCGUAAACCCCAAGGAUCAGAGCAAAACCAUCAGCCAAGUGAUCUCUGAAAUGACCAACGGUGGAGUCGACUACUCUCUGGAGUGUGUGGGGGAUGUAGAACUCAUGCUGCCAUCGACACCCGUGAGACAUUGGCGUCAAGACACCCUUGGACAAACCCCUCCGACUAUCAGGAGAGUACAACCCGACCAUGGAAGGAGAUGUUCACGUCGCCAUGCACUAGAGUCCUGUCUGCAAGGCUGGGGUGUGAGUGUGAUUGUUGGUUGGACAGACAGGCAUGAUGUUUCCGUUCGUCCUGGUCAGCUCAUUGCUGGGCGCACAUGGAAGGGCUCUGUGUUUGGAGGUUUUAAGGGUAAAGAUGGAGUGGCUGAGAUGGUGCGAGCCUACCUGGAUCACAAGGUGAAGAUAGAUGAGUUCAUAACACAUAACUUGCCUUUGGAUCGCAUCAAUGAAGCCAUUGAAUUGUUGCAGGCGGGCAAAAGCAUCCGGACAGUCCUGAGUUUCACUCCACAAUAAGUCUAUAAUGGUUUCUAAUAAUUCCUUGAAAUCUUAAAUAUAAUUGACACUUUAUUUGAACUGAUUUUUAUCAAUUAAGACUUUACAGACAUCUUGAAUGCUCUUCUCUGUAAACACGAUAAAUAAAUGAGUCAGGAGAAAGAGGAAGUCCAGUGUUGCCAACCACUAUCUAUAUAUAAAUAUAUAUGUAUAUGUAUAUGUAUGUAUGUAUGUAUGUAUGUACAAACCCUGUUUCCAUAUGAGUUGGGGAAUUGUGUUAGAUGUAAAUAUAAACGGAAUACAAUGAUUUGCAAAUCCUUUUCAACCCAUAUUAAACUGAAUGCACUACAGAGACAAGAUAUUUGAUUUUCAAACUCAUAAACUUUAUUUUUUAUUUUUUGCAAAUAAUAAUUAAAUUAGAAUUUCAAGGUUGCAAAGUAGUUGGGAAAGGGCAUGUUCACCACUGUGUUUCAUCACCUUUUCUUUUAACAACACUCAAUAAACCUUUGGGAACUAACGAGACACAUUUUUGAAGCUUUUCAGGUGGAAUUAUUUCCCAUUUUUGUAUUAUGUACAGCUUAAGUUGUUCAACUGUCUCCGUUGUGGUAUUUUAGGCUUCAUAAUGCGCCACACAUUUUCACUGGAAGACAGGACUGGACUACAGGCAAGCCAGUCUAGCACCCGCACUCUUUUACUUUGAAGCCACGCUGUUGUAACAAGUGACAUGACAUUUUCUUGCUGAAAUAAGCAGGGGCGUCCAUGAUAACGUUUCUUAGAUGACAACAUAUGUUGCUCCAAAACCUGUAUGUACCUUUCAGCAUUAAUGGUGCCUUCACAGAUGUGUAAGUUACCCAUGCUUUGGGCACUAAUGCACCCCCAUACCAUCACACAUGCUGGCCUUUCCACUUUGCACCUAGAACAGUCCUGAUGGUUCUUUUCCUCUUUGGUCCGGAAGACACGACUGUCUCAUUUUAUUCAAAUAUGAUUGUGUAGACAAGCUGAAGAGAAAUGAAACUUGGCGUUAGAUUGGAAUUAGGUUGACCUACCAACUUCAGAGAGGAAUUGACAGAUGGCACAGAGCAAAGCAGGAAGUUGCUGUAUCCUCUGUAUUUGCAUGUGUUAAGUUCUCACCACAGGUGUUAGGUUUCCAACACAGCUGCUAAUACCCCAUCUUCCUUUAGUGCAGCUGUGUGUGUGUGUUUGUAAUGUAGGGCUUUGCCAAAUUAAUUAAAAGGCGAGGAGAGUGGAGAGAGUUUUCAGAGUAAAUUAGGAGCCUGUAACUGACAACUGCUCCAGUUACUCUCCUCGUACAAGAAAAGCAA